AUGCUUGUCCCCGAGCCUCAAGAUCUCCUCCGCCGUCUUCCCCUCGAGCACAUGGUCCCGCUCCCCGCUCUCCCGCUUCCUGUUCUCCCGCCGCAGCAGGACGGCCGUGACGCCGAACAGGCAUCCGGAGCAGAAGACGAACCCCAGCGUCACGCUGUGGCCCAGGACGUACCCCGGCUUGUCCUGCGUGCGGUAGAUGAAGGGCGCAAACACGCCGGCGCAGUUGCCCAGCGCCAGGAGCGUGCCCUGGCCCGCCGCCCGCUUGUAGUGGCUCGGCAGGUUGUUCGCGAUCCACGCCACCGGCAGGCCCGUGGCGACAUACAGACCCGCCGCGACGACCACGCAGCCCGCGUACCGCGCCGCCGGCGCCGCACCGCCGCGCCCCGUGCCCAGCAGCACCGCGUACCCCGCGCACGCCGCCAGGCACCCGCCCACGACGAACGCGCCGCGGCGGCCCGUCCGGUCCGACGCGGUGGCCACGGCCAGGUACGCCAGCGCGCCGAGCGCGUAGCACGGGAUCGUGAGCAGCUGCGUGUGGAUGCCGCCGUAGCCGAGCGCGUUGAUGAUGGUCGGCAGGAAGACGCUGUAGCUGUAGAGCAUGACGAGCACGCCGAGCUCGCCGAGGGCCAGCGUCCACACCUUCCAGUCGCGCCAGGCCUCGCGGCACUGCUGCCAGUCGAUGCGGCCGUGGUGCAGGUCGCUGUUGCUGCUGUUGCUGCUGCUGCUGCUGCUGACAUCGUCUUCCAUGCCGCUAAAGACGUCGCCGCCGUCGAGCUUGCGCCGCACGGCGACCAGGGCCUUCUCCCGCUCGGUCAGGUAGGGCGCGCUGCAGGGGUCGUUGGCGAGGACAAAGUACGACGCGGCGCCGAUGAGCACGGUGGGGAUGCCCUCGAUGAUCAUGAGCCAGCGCCAGGCGCCCAGCCCGGCCACGCCGUCCAUGUGGCCCACGCCGAAGGCCACGAGCCCGCCGCACGAGCCGGCGAUGGCCGACGCGGCGAAGAGGUAGAAGGUGCGCCGGGCGAGCUCGCGCCGGCGGUAGAAGAAGGUCAGGUACAGGCACACCGAGGGGAAGAAGCCGGCCUCGCAGGCGCCCAGCAGCAGCCGCAGCGCGACGAGCUGGGCCUUGGUCUGCACGAAGCCCGUGCACAGCGCGACGGUGCCCCAGGACACGGCCAGGAGCGGGAUCAGCCGCCUGGGCUGGAUGAUCUUGAGGGUCAGCGUCGCGGGGACCUCGAAGGCGACGUAGGUGAUGAAGAGCAUGCUGACGCAGAGCUGGAAGUCGUUGCCCUUGAGGCCGAGGUCGGCUUCCAUGCGGUACAGCCGGGCGUUGCCUGGAGAGGAGGGGAAGAGUGUCAGUUUGGUGUCUGA